GCAGCGCGGUGCCGGCGGCGAUGCCCGCCCCGCUGCCGGGGGGAGAGGCUGCCCGGCGCUGCCCGGCCCCCCGCCGCUCGCCGCAGACCCGCGCACGCACAGGGGCAGCCGGGCGCUUGAGCCAUGAUUGCCGCGGCUUUCCUGGUCCUGCUGAGACCCUACAGCAUCCAGUGCGCCCUCUUCUUGCUCCUGCUGCUGCUGGGGACCAUUGCCACGAUUUUAUUCUUCUGCUGCUUGCACCGCCGGCUCCAGAAAGGGAGGCAUCCCAUCAAAUCCGUCUUUUCAGGUCGCUCAAGGAGCCGAGAUGCUGUCAUGAGAACUCAUCACUUUCGCUCUGAGGGCUUUAGAUCAAGCCCUCGCCAUGCCAGAAGACGAGUGACACCUCGCCUGGAGGAAACACAACCCAUAGUGGAAGCUCACCACCUCAGUGAGCAGGAAACUGCUGUAAGAAAAAGAAAAAUCAAGAAAAGCAGCCGAGUCCAACCAGAAUUUUACCAUUCUGUUCAAGUCACCCCAACUCGAAAACCUAGCUCCGGCAACGCGUCCUACCGAUGCUCCAUGUCGUCCUCCGCCGAUUUCUCCGACGAGGAGGACUUCAGCCAGAGGUCGGGGACGGUGUCGCCGGCGCCGGGGGACACGCUGCCCUGGAACCUGCCCAAACACGAGCGGUCCAAGCGGAAGAUCCAGGGCGGCUCGGUGCUGGACCCCGCCGAGCGGGCCGUGCUGCGCAUCGCCGAUGAGCGUGACAAAGUACAAAAGAAGACAUUCACAAAAUGGAUAAAUCAGCAUCUCAUGAAGGUUCGAAAGCAUGUGAAUGACCUAUAUGAAGACCUAAGAGAUGGACAUAACUUAAUCUCACUUCUAGAAGUCCUUUCUGGAGACACCUUGCCAAGAGAGCGAGAUUUUUUGAAGACCUUACGGUUGGUGAGUUCAACAGAAGCAUGCGCAAAUGAACAGCAUGAGGAUGUGGAGGAUGAGGAUAAGGGGCCCCGAGAAAAAGGUCGGAUGCGUUUUCACAGACUGCAGAACGUCCAAAUUGCACUUGACUAUUUGAAAAAGCGCCAGGUGAAACUGGUUAACAUCAGAAAUGAUGAUAUAACAGAUGGGAAUCCCAAAUUGACUUUGGGGUUGAUAUGGACCAUAAUUUUGCACUUUCAGAUAUCUGAUAUCCAUGUUACUGGGGAGUCAGAGGACAUGUCUGCUAAAGAGAGACUGCUCCUGUGGUCACAGCAAACAACAGAGGGUUAUGCUGGAAUACGUUGUGAAAAUUUCACUACCUGCUGGCGCGAUGGAAGGUUAUUUAAUGCCAUCAUUCAUAAAUACAGGCCGGACCUGAUAGACAUGAAUACCGUUGCUGUUCAAAGCAACCUCGCAAAUUUAGAACAUGCUUUUUUUGUAGCAGAAAAACUUGGUGUUGCCAGACUCCUGGAUCCUGAAGAUGUCGAUGUUUCCUCACCUGAUGAGAAGUCAGUAAUAACUUAUGUGUCAUCACUUUAUGAUGCAUUUCCAAAAGUACCAGAAGGUGGUGAAGGCAUCAGUGCAAAUGAUGUGGAAGUCAAAUGGGUUGAAUAUCAGAAUAUGGUGAACUACCUCAUGCAGUGGAUCAGACACCAUGUCGCGAUAAUGUCUGACAGAACAUUUCCCAAUAAUCCUGUGGAGUUGAAGGCACUUUACAAUCAAUAUUUGCAGUUUAAAGAAACAGAAAUUCCACCGAAGGAGACAGAUAAAUCAAAAAUCAAACAUCUAUAUAAACUACUAGAGGUCUGGAUAGAAUUUGGACGCAUCAAACUUUCUCAAGGCUACCAUCCAAAUGAUAUAGAAAAAGAAUGGGGAAAGCUGAUUAUUGCCAUGCUGGAAAGAGAGAAGACUCUUCGGCCUGAAGUGGAGAGAUUGGAAAUGCUGCAGCAAAUUGCGAACAGAAUUCAGCGGGACAGCCGGAGCUGUGAAGACAAACUGAUACUUGCCCGGAAUGCUCUGCAGUCUGACACCAAGCGAUUGGAGUCAGGGCUCCAGUUCCAACAUGAAGCAGAGAUAGCUGGGUAUCUUCUUGAAUCUGAGAAUCUUCUCCGCCAGCAAGUGAUUGAUGCCCAAAUUCUUAUUGAUGGAAAAUACUAUCAAGCAGAUCAGCUUGUUCAAAGAGUUGCAAAGCUUCGUGAUGACCUGAUGGCCAUACGGACCGAAUGUUCUUCAGUGUACAACAAGGGGCACGGGCUGACCACAGAGCAGACAAAACUGAUGAUAUCAGGAAUAACUGAAAGCUUAAACUCAGGAUUUACAACAAACCUAACACCUGAAUUAAAUGCUGCAAUGACUCAAGGUUUAACACCUACUUUGACUUCUUCCAGUUUGACAUCUGGCCUCUCAUCAGGUCUUACAUCCAGACUGACACCAACCAUCACUCCCGCUUACCCAUCAGGCAUCCCACCGCGGUUAAUUCAGAGCUAUGUGACAGGAGUGGACAGUGGGACUCUGCAAACACUCAAACUGAUGCAAAUCAGAAAACCUCUUAUGAAAUCAGCUUUUGUGGAUCAGAAUUUGACAGAAGAAGAGGUGAACAUGAAGUUUGUCCAGGACCUAUUGAGCUGGGUGGAAGAAAUGCAGGUUCAACUUGAUCGAGCAGAGUGGGGUUCAGAUUUGCCAAGUGUUGAAAGCCAUUUAGAAAAUCACAAAAACGUCCACAAAGCUAUUGAGGAAUUUGAAUCCAGCCUUAAAGAAGCCAAAAUGAGUGAGAUCCAAAUGACUGCCCCUCUUAAACUCACUUAUGCAGAAAAACUGCACAAACUGGAGAGUCUGUAUUCAAAACUCUUGAACACCUCAAGAAAUCAAGAAAGGCAUCUAGAUACACUUCACAAUUUUGUGUCUCGUGCUACUAGAGAGUUGAUAUGGCUGAAUGAAAAGGAGGAGGAAGAGGUUGCAUAUGACUGGAGUGAAAGAAACCCCAAUAUAACAAGAAAAAAGGAAUACCAUGCAGAAUUAAUGAGAGAACUUGAUGAAAAAGAAGAAGUAAUUAAAUCAGUACAAGAAAUAGCUGAGCAAUUGCUUCUUGAAAACCACCCAGCCAGGCUAACCAUUGAGGCCUACAGAGCUGCAAUGCAGACACAGUGGAGCUGGAUUCUUCAGCUCUGCCACUGUGUUGAACAGCAUUUGAGAGAAAAUGCUGCGUAUUUUGAGUUUUUCAGCGAUGCCAAAGAAGCCAUGGAAUAUUUGAAGAAUUUAAAAGAUACCAUAUACCGAAAAUACAGUUGUGAUAGAUCAAGCAGUCUUCAUAGGCUGGAAGACCUUGUCCAGGAGUCUAUGGAAGAAAAAGAACAACUCUUGCAGUAUAAGAGCACAGUAGCAGGCCUUGUGGGAAGAGCAAAGGCAAUAAUUCAGCUGAAGCCAAGGAACCCUGACUGUGUACUCAAAACAUCCAUUCCAAUUAAAGCCAUCUGUGACUACAGACAAAUUGAGAUAACUAUUUACAAAGAUGAUGAGUGUGUAUUAGCAAACAACUCCCAUCGUGCUAAAUGGAAAGUCAUUAGCCCAAGUGGUAAUGAGGCCAUGGUUCCAUCUGUAUGCUUUACAGUUCCUCCGCCAAACAAGGAAGCAAUAGAUACAGCCAACAGGAUUGAACAGCAAUUUCAGAAUGUUCUGGCCCUUUGGCAUGAGUCACAUGUAAACAUGAAAAGUGUGGUGUCCUGGCAUUACCUGACAAAUGAAAUUGAAGUUGUUCGAUCUGGCAAUGUUGCCUCGAUAAAGACAAUGCUGCCAGGUGAACAUCAGCAGGUUCUAAGCAAUUUACAGUCCCGCUUUGAUGAUUUUGUGGAAGACAGCCAGGAGUCCAAAAUCUUUACAAGCUCUGAUACAGCACAGCUGGAAAGGGAAGUUAAUGUUUGCAAGCAAUACUAUCAAGAGCUUCUGAAGUCUGCAGAAAGAGAGGAGCAGGAAGAAUCUAUUUAUAAUCUGUACAUCUCUGAAGUCAGAAAUAUCAGACUACGACUGGAGAGUUGUGAGGAGCGGCUAAUACGGCAGAUCCGGACACCAAUGGAGAGGGAUGAUGUACAUGAAAAUGUGCUUAGGAUUUCAGAGCAAGAGAAACUGAAGAAAGAACUGGAUCGACUCAAGGAUGACUUGGGAGUCAUUACAGAUAAAUGUGAAGAGUUUUUCAGUCAAGCUGCUGGUUCUCCUUCAGUCCCUACUCUGCGCUCUGAACUCAAUGUUGUUAUACAAAACAUGAACCAAGUUUACUCCAUGUCUUCCAUUUUCAUAGAUAAAUUAAAAACUAUCAAUUUGGUGCUGACGAACACCCAAACAGCAGAAUCAUUAGUAAAACACUAUGAAACUAAGUUGUGUGAAGAAGAGGCAGUAACGGCUGACAAAAACAACAUUGAAAAUCUGAUGGGUACAUUAAAGCAAUGGAGAUCAGAAGUAGAUGAGAAAAGACAAACAUUCCAUGCUUUAGAGGAUGAACUGCAGAAGGCAAAGAUGAUCAGUGAUCAGAUGUUUAAAAUGCACAAGGAACGUGAUCUUGACUUUGACUGGCACAAAGAAAAAGUUGAUCAGUUGGCUGAAAGGUGGCAAAAUGUUCAUUCUCAAAUUGAAAAUAGGUUGCGUGACUUAGAAGGAAUUAAUAAAUCUCUGAAGUAUUAUAAAGAUACUUACAAUUCUUUGGACACUUGGAUUCAACAAGUGGAAGAUACUCAGCGAAAGAUUCAAGAAAUACAGCCCGAAAAUAGCAAAGCAUUGGCUAAGCAAUUGAACCAACAUAAGAUGCUGGUUUCUGAGAUUGAAAUGAAACAAAGCAAAAUAGAUGAAUGCCAGAAAUAUUCAGAACAAUACUCAGCUGCUGUGAAGGACUAUGAGUUGCAGACUAUGACCUACAGAGCUAUGGUUGACUCCCAACAAAAGUCUCCAGUAAAGCGCCGAAGAAUGCAAAGCUCAUCAGACUUCAUUAUUCAAGAGUUCAUGGAUCUACGGACUCGGUACACUGCCUUAGUGACCUUGAUGACCCAGUACAUUAAAUUUGCAGGUGAUUCUUUGAAAAGACUGGAGGAGGAAGAGAAAUCAAUGGAAGAGGAGAAGAAGGAACAUGUUGAGAAAGCUGGGGAUUUACUGAAAUGGGUGUCAAACCUCAGCAAGACACUCAGCAAAGAAGAAGGAGAAAAGGCUGAAAAAACAGAUUUACCUAAGCAGCAGGUUUCCCUCCAUGAAAUGUCAACCAAGAAAGAACAAAUAGCUGAAGCUCUGCAGACUACCCAGUCAUUUUUAGCUAAGCACAGUGACAAAAUGACAGAUGAAGAGAGACAUGAAAUGGAAAAGCAAGUUAGAUCCCUCCAGGAAAGCUACAGCUUGUUAUCCAACGAAGCUUUGAAGCAGCUGCAGGAAGCACAUCUGGGUGAUGAAAAGAUGGAAGAAAAGGUGAAUAAAGUCAUUGCUGGUGUCAUUGACCAAACAACUGGAGAAGUCCUCUCAGUCUUUCAGUCUAUUUUAAGAGGUUUUCUUGACUAUGACACUGGAAUUAGGUUGCUUGAGAAUCAGCUGAUUCUUUCUGGAAUAAUUUCUCCAGAAUUAGGAGUGUGUUAUGAUUUGGAAGAAGCUAAGGCCCAUGCCUUAAUUGAUGAGCAGAUUCUAUUGCAGCUGCAAGAAUUAAGUAAUGCAAAGAAGCUCAUGUCAGAAUCAUCAUUAGAAAAUAUUCCAGUUGUUUCAGCUUUAGAACAAGGUCUGAUUUCAGAACCUCUGGCUAUUAAAAUUCUUGAGAAUCAGCUUUCAAGUGGGUAUUUGAUUUUGCCAUCUAUUGGAGAAAAGCUGUCUUUGCAGAAUGCUUUCCAGAGAAAUCUCAUUUCUCCGACAUUAUAUUCCAAACUCCUAGAAAGACAAGAUACGUGUAAAGAUCUUAUAGACCCCAACUGUGCUGAGAAAAUUUCCCUUGAACAGAUGGUUCAUAGGAGCAUAAUACAUCAAACAACAGGGUUAAGACUCCUACCUGUGAAACCACAAGAAAAAGGGAGAAUUGUGUUCAAAUGUGGAAGGAGGGUAACUAUUUUAAGGGCAGCCCAUGAAGGGCUCAUUGACAGGGAAACAAUGUUCAGGCUGCUGGGUGCUCAGUUAAUGUCUGGAGGUAUCAUUGACCCUGACUCAGGGAAACGAAUGACUGUGGAAGAGGCCAUGAGACAAGGGAUGAUAGAUCAGGACACUGCUUGUGGGAUCCUCACACGUCAGGUUCAGACUGGUGGAAUCCUUUGUCAAAAUUCAGGACAACGCUUGACUGUUGAUGAAGCUGUGCAAUGCAAUUUAAUAUCAUCUACCAGUGCUCUGCUGGUAUUAGAAGCUCAGAGAGGCUUUGUGGGACUGAUUUGGCCUCACACUGGUGAAAUAUUCCCCGUAUCAACUUCUUUGCACCAAGAUAUGGUUACAAAUGAGCUGGCAUUCAAAAUACUGAAUGAUAGAAAGAAAAUAGCUGCACUUUACAUUCCAGAAACUUGUGAAAUAAUCAGUCUUGACAAGGCUGCAGAAUCAGGGAUUAUAGACAGUAAUACUGUAUCUGUUUUGACCAAUGUGACUUUACCAGAUAAAAUGCCCAAUGUAGAAGAAUUAAAGUCCCCUUGUAAAAAUGCUGCAAAAUGGUUAUCAACUUAUGAAUUUCUGCCAUCUGUAUUUCAUGGCUGUGAUGGGGAACAUGAAGUUUCUGGCACAGAAGAUCCUGUAUGUCAUAAUCUAGAUGAAGCUAAGAAACUAUUCAUAUCUUACCUAAUGGUAAAUAGUUAUAUGGAUGCAAACACUGGGCAGAGACUUUUGUUAUAUGAUGGACAACUGGAAGAAAUCAUCAAUAUGUUGCUGGAAGGUAAUAGUUCUGGGUAUGAUGCUGGUGUGUCAGAAAUGGAGUUUAGUAACAAAUAUGUAAGUUCAAAAGGAAUUCACCUAAAGUCAGCAGACAGUGGUCAGGGUGAUUUUUCAGGUGCUGAGAAUUCUUGUAAUAACAGGAUAUGUAAUCAAUUUGAUGAUUUUGAGAGUUACGUAUCUUCACAAGAAGAUCCCCAUGUGUGCAGGCCAGAUGUUUGCAAUACUCUUGGUACUGAGCAAUCAGAAUAUACACAGGAGAUGCAGUUAACUAUCCCUGCAGAACUCAGAAAUGUAGUAAGCAGUACUCAAAAUUCCAUGAAGAGAAAUGAACUCAGAAGUUGUUUGGAGGUUUCUGAGUGGACAGAACUCUGUAAGCAUAACAAUGAGCAGACAAAUUCAGGAAACAUUGAAGAAUAUCUUCCAAAUGACUCAAAUACAAGACUUUUAUCAAUAACAGCAAAAGAAGAUAUUUCUGUGGGAGACAGUCUGGAUAAUGAAAACAUGAAUGAUAAAACAUUACAAAAUUCCUUGAGCGUGAAUUAUUUGUCAGAGAAGGAAACAUGGAGGGAGCUGGAAAGGUGCACGAACUAUGGGCCUCCCAUAUUUCAAGCUGAGGUUAGCAGAAUGGUACUGGAUAACAGCAAGAAAGAUAAUUUUCAGAGAAGUCUUGAUUGGUCCAUCACUGCAGACACUGAAUAUAGACUUCCAGAAGAAUUGGUUAGUCAAUGUGGUGUCCCACUAAAGUAUGAAGACAAUAUAUAUGGUGCAAAACUUCUUCAGGAAUAUGCAGGUUCAUCCCUACAGGACUGUCUUUAUAGCUGUGGAAGGCCAUCCCUGGAGGAUUGUGCUGAUUUUCAGAAUAAACUGUGUCUAGAAGACAGCAUAGACAUGCACCAUAGGCUUUCAUUGGGUGGUGAUACUGUCACACAUGAUGGACCAUCUCUGGGGGACAGUGACAGCACAGCACAAAGGCUGACAGUAGAAGAAAAUGAUCUCAUAUUCCACAGGUUACUGCCGUGUGACAGUAGUUCUGACUCAUCAGUAGAGGGGGGUGAUGGCAUCCCACAGCUUGAGAGCAACUGCUUGCAGCCUGGAUGUGGUGAGGUAGCCUCUGAAGAGGACAGCUCUCAGUUGGAUGAUGGUGAUGAUGACGCCUAUGAAACACCUCAGGGUGAUGAUGACAGUGAUGUCUAUGAUACUCCACAAACUGAUGAUGAUGAUGAUUCCUCUGACACUUCUCAAGGUGAUGAGGUGUUUGACACCUUGCAGUUGGGGGAUGAUGAUACACCAGAGCCAGAACUGUCUGGAAGAUCAGUUCCAUUAGGUUUUCUGGAGGAGAGAGGUGGUCGAAUAACACUAAGAGAAGAGACCAUCUCUUUACAAGAACUUGCAGCUAAUGCUGGAGAGAAUGUUCAUAUAAAUGUGGAAAGGCUACCUCAGAGCAUAACUAUAGCUUCUGCAAAUGCCAAAACCAUGGAAAAAAUCCUUGAGGGAAGGGAAAGAACAGGGAGCUUUGGAGAGAAUGAUCUAGCCUUACCAGUUACUGUUGAAAGUGAAGGAACAAAGGAAGGAGGCAUGAGAUAUUUACAGAAUAUGUAUGAAGCAGAUGUACAAGACAGGAAUGAGGAAGUUGAAAUGAAAGCAGAAGGUGACCUGUGUGAGGAGGAAUCUGAAGGUACACAGGAGGGGGAAGAAUAUGAGGAGGAUUAUGAUAGUUAUGAUGACUCUGACACUGAUUCUGACAGUGAAGAUGAAAUGGAUAUUUUUUAUUCCCAUCAUCAAUGCAUAAGUAAAGGUGACCAGCUGUUAAUGUCUGUAGAAGCUGUAGAAAAGAGCAAUGAAAACAAUCAGAAUAUUCAUGACUACUGCUAUUCUUUAGGCCACAAGACAGGAUAUACUUUGCAAUUCCAGUCUAACCAUGAAAAUGGAAAACUGUCCUCAGUAAUAUGUGAAUCAAUGUCAAAUAUUUCUGAAGAAAGAUGUGUUGGUCUUUCAUGUCCCAGUGAGGAAGCCAGACAGCAGGAAACAGAGGAUGAAUAUGGGACUUGUAUCAAAAGUGAACACAUGACACAAGAUACUACUGAGCCUAUUCAGUCCGAAAAUACCUUUGACACUAAAUGGAUGUCCACUAAAAGUGAAGAGAAUAAUGAAACACAGUUUGGAGUUUCAGGUUCUCAGCUUCUUGAUGGUACUGUGAAAUCUGACAUCAGUGUGACAGCCUACCUACAGCAAGCUAUUGAUGAUGACCAAAAUACCUGGACAAAUUUGCUUCUCUCAGAAUGCUUUACUGAUAGUGCGAACAAAGACAAUAGUACCAUGCCAAUGUUAGAUUCAGAUCAUGAACAGAGAGAGGCACUGCUUGCAGAGGAAAAAGUAUUAAAUUAUAUGGAACAACUAAAGGAAAGUUCAUCCCAAAUGGACAAUAAAUUCCUUACAGAUACCCCUUAUGUGAGUGAUAAUAGUUCACUUAGGGACCCAAUACAUCCAGUCACCAGUUGGAAGCAUGGUCAGAUAGAAAGAGGUUUUGAAAUUCUUACAGAAAAUAAAAACAGAGUAAAUGUUGUGGAGGAAUGUGAUGUCAUGGGGCUAAGUAAUAGUCCCAUUCAGAUGGAAAACCUUGGGGAAAUAUUUGAUGCAACAGUAAUUAAAGCUGCUAGAGAAUCUCCUGCUGCAAGUAAAGAAAAAGUAAACGUUGAUCAAGGUUUUCUUGACAUGCAAGGGGCAAGAUCAGAUGAAUUUAAGAGAGAUGGUAACAUUUUUGCUUCUUUAAAACAAUAUACAACAUGCAUAAAAGAAGGCCAUUCAGAACUCAAUAAAACUGAAUUCUGUUUUGAGGACAUGGAAAGAGGGGAAAAAGGUGUACGGAAUGAAAAGGAUUUUCUGCUAAAUAUGGAAGAAAUGCAUUCAAGUGAAUGUAACACUUACACUUUCCCCCCACCUGAUACAGUGAAACCAGAGGAGAUUAGCAUAACUAAAGAAACAGGGAGACUUAACUAUCAAAAUACUGACAAUGUUCUUCUAGACAUUCCAGAAAACAAAAGCAGCAAUGAUAGUGAAAUUUCCCCCACAAAACUAGAUGCUUUAGGAAGUACUGAGGAUGUCAAAGAGUUAGGGGAUGGAAGUGAACUGUUACCUACUGGGAGACAUACCCAUACCACUGAUGUUUCUUCUGCAAUUCUGAGUAGCAUAGAGACUAAGUUGAAUUACAGUGCCCAGAACAAGCAUGAGAUGCUGAAAAACACAAAGGGAGAAAAUGUCAUGGUCAGUGAGACUUCCUCCCUUGGAAAUGGUUUCAAAAAACAAAUGUCUAUGGAGUCAUUGCAAAAAGAAAUGGGAUCCUGCAAAGACUUUCAAGUAAAGGAAGGUGUUUCACAAUCAGCAGAUGUGUCUGACACACUAAUGGAAGAUUUACAGAAUAUAUUACAAAGGAAACUGAAAAUGGGACAUGUUUACUGCAAGCAGGAAGGGGGACCCCUAAGUUAUUCUGAUACUAGAACUUUAACGCAAAAUUUACUUAAAAUGGUUCGAAGCACUCAGCUUGAGAGUGAAAUGUCUAGUGGGUCAAAUCUGAAGCAAAUAAGCAAUGCUGUUAGAGCUGCAUUAAUGAUCACCACGCUGCGUACAGAGCCCAAGGACAGUGAUGCUCCUUCUCUGCUUUGGCGUGAUUGCAGAAGUCCUGAUCUUCUUCAUGAUAUUCUGAAGCAGGAAUCCUGCAAGCAAAAGACAGCUGAUUCAGAUGAAAGGAAGAGUGAAACAGACAUGAAAGCUCCUGUUCCCAAGCUUGCUACCAGUGAACUUCUGGAAAUUUUUCAAAUAUCACUUCUAGAAGAAAGUACAAGCAAGUUAGAGGAGCUGAUAAAUGGUUUGCUUAGGAGUUCACAGGUUGCUGAUGUCACCACAGAGCAUGAGGGUAAAGGCAAAGGAGAUGGGCUUUAUUCUCUUUCCUCAACAGAACAAUCAGAACUUGGAUCAGAAAUUGAUGAAGAUAAAACAUUGGUAGAUAACACAACUGCUACUUGGAAAAGUGAUCGAGAGCAUGGGAAGACAGAAAGCCUGUCCAAAGGCUUCACUGAGCCUGUUUUGAAAACAGAGGAAGCAGUCAUGGGAGACACCCCCACUAGCAUGGUAAGUAACAAAAAUAUGUGCUCUGUGUCCGGUGUUAGUGGAAUUGCAUGGAUCUUUCCGAGUGCUGGAGAGAACAAUUUAACUGGAAAAGUGGUUGAAAAAUUAGAUUAUGAAUUUAAAAUAAAUCAUAAUGAACCCAAGGACUUUUAUUACUUAUUUUCAAGUCCGUUUGGAAAAUCCUUUCUUAUUUUUAAAACUCAUUUUCAGUUUGAUGGAGUACAGCAAUGUUUAAAGUUAACAGAGAAAAUGCAAGAACAUUUGGCAGUGCUUCAAGAUAUGAAAACCCACCUAGAUAAACAGCAGCCUAUUAGUAACAGCCUGGAAAUACUAAAAGCUGAACUGGAACAGCUAGAGUCAUUCGAAUCAAGACUGGCUACCUUUGCAAUCAUCCUAAAAAAGGACAUGAAGCUGGCAGAAGAAUUCUUAAAAUCUUGUAACAGGGAUAUUCCAGAAGAGAAAGAACUAAAGAUAAGCUAUGAUUCUUUGCAGGAAGCAUUUUUGGUGGUCUGUGAUAGAUCUUCAAAACGAGCAAAACAAAUAGUCUGCGCUGUUGACUUGGAAAUGUCUAAACUUGCAGGAUUACACCAGCAACUUUUAAACCAACUGCAGAGAUUUUCAGACUGGAUCACAGAGAGCAAUAAAAUCAUGAAUGACUUCACAAUGAAUGCUAAUGAUAUAGAAGAGAUGAAGAAAAGUUUACAGCUAUUUAAAAACAGUGCUGCAGAGCUCAGCUGUAAAAAAAUGCAACUGGAGUCCACUGCGUUUGAUGUUCAGUUCUUCAUUUCUGAACAUGCUGAAGAUCUUUCUCCUAAUCAGAGCAAACAGCUGUUGAGGCUGUUAAAUACCACCCAGAAAUCUUUUCAGGAAGCACAGGAAGCAAUAACUUCUCAAGUGGAAAGUUUAGAGACUCAAUUACAGGCAGUGCAAGAGCUGGGUGAUCAGAAGGAUGUGGCUGAACGGCAGCAGGAAUGCAAAGAGAAACUGCAGGAAAUCUGUGAUUUGCUUACACAGACUGAAAAUCGACUCAUCGGACAGCGACAGUCUCUUGUUAUUGGAGACAGCAAGGCUGAGCUGGAACAAUACCAGACCAAACAGGAGGAGAUACAAAAAGACAUGAGAACAAGUGCCCAGACACUGGCAGAGAUUGUGAAAAAUACUGAAACCUUCUUGAAAGAGAAUGGAGAAAAGUUGUCACAAGAAGACAAGACUAUUCUGGAACAGAAACUAAAUGAAGCUAAGACAAAGUGUUUGCUCCUUAGCCAGAAGGCAGAAGAGUCCAAAAAAGAACUGGAUAAAGCUAUGACAACAGCAAUUAAGCAGGAAACAGAAAAGGUUGCAGCCAUAGAACAGCUGGAAGAAAGUAAAAAUACAAUAGAAAACCUUUUGGAUUGGUUAUCAAAUGUGGAUAAAGAAGCAGAGCAUGGCUGGAAAUUUAAGCAAGUGAUAGAACAGAAUGGAACACACUUUGAAGAAGGAGAUAUGAAAGUUUUGGAAGGAGAGGAGGAUGAUGUCAAUGGGAAUCUGCUGGAAAUGCAGCAAGACAUUGAAACAGAGGUGGAUGGACUAGUGAAAAGCAUAGAUGAUAAUCUGAACCAGCAGUAUCAGAAAGUCAAGGCUCAACAUGAGAAAAUUAUUUCACAGCAGCAGGCUAUCAUAGUAGCAACUCAGUCUGCUCAGGCACUGCUUGAGAAGCAAGGGCAUUACCUUACCCCUGAAGAAAAAGACAAGAUGCAAAGGAACAUGAAAGAGCUGAAGGCUCAGUAUGAGACUGCUUUGGCUGAAUCAGAACGAAAAAUGAAAUUGACCCAUUCUCUAAGGGAAGAAUUGGAGAAAUUUGAUGCAGACUAUAGUGAAUUUGAAACGUGGCUGCAGCAGGCAGAGCAAGAACUUGACAAUUUGGAGGCAGGGGCUUCUGACUUCAGUGGUAUUAUGGUCAAACUGAAAAGGCAGAAGAGUUUUUCAGAAGAUGUUAUAUCUCACAAAGGUGAUUUACGCUAUAUUACAAUUUCUGGACAAAGAGUUUUGGAUGCUGCGAGGUCGUGUAGCAAAAGAGAUGGUGUGAAGGUUGACAAAGAUGGUAUCGAUACUUCGGCUACAUAUGCUGAAGUACAAAACAAACUGGAUAGAGCUUCAGAUCGCUUCAAGUCUCUCUAUACUAAGUGUAGCAUCCUUGGAAAUAACCUUAAAGACCUGGUGGAUAAAUACCAGCAUUAUGAAGAUGCCUCAUCUGGACUUUUGUCAGGCCUCCAGGCCUCUGAAAUAGCUGUGAACAAACAAUUGUCAGAGCCAAUUGCAGUGGAUCCCAAAAAUCUCCAAAGACAACUUGAAGAAACCAAGGUUCUUCAGGGACAAGUGUCUAACCACCAAAUUGCUGUAGAAAAACUGAAAAAAGCUGCUGAAGUGUUAUUGGACACGAGGGGAGAGUUGACACCAGACAAAGAUGAGAUUCGGAAAACACUGGAUGAUAUUGUGGAAAGAUAUGACAAUUUAUCCAAAUCUGUGAAUGAAAGGAAUGAGAAGCUUCAAGUAACUCUGACACGAUCCCUAAGUGUGCAGGAUGGUUUGGAUGAAAUGCUUGAUUGGAUGGAAGGAGUUGAAAAGAGCCUUAAAGAACAAGAUCAAGUGCCUUUGAAUUCUGCUGCUAUUCAGGACAUUAUUAGUAAAAGCAUUAUGCUAGAACAAGACAUUUCAGGUCGCCAAAGCAGUAUAAACACUAUGAAUGAAAAAGUGAAGAAGUUCAUGGAAACAGCAGAUCCAUCCACUGCAUCCACACUGCAAGCAAAAAUGAGUGAGCUUGCAGGGCGGUUUUCUGAAGCAAGUAACAAGCAUAGAGAGAAGCUUAUGAAAAUGGAGGAAUUAAAGACUAAAGUGGAGUUAUUUGAAGGUCUUUCAACAAAACUUCAAUCAUUUUUAGAUGAGAAAAACCAGGCUCUAAGUGAGACGGAGGCACCAAGAAAGGAUGUUAGUGAAGUGUCUCAAUACAUGCAGGAAGCUAGUGUAGAAUUGGCACAACACAAGAAGGAUCUGGAAGUUUUGAAGCAGCUCCUUGAAGAACUUUCAUUCCAUGCUCUUCCUGGAGAUAAAGCACUGGUAUCAGAAAAAGUAAAUGCUUUGUCAAAGAAAUUCAAAGAGGUAGAGAACACAAUAAAAGAAAAAGAAGAGGAUGUAUCAUCUUGUCAGAAACAAAUGGAUGCUUUUGAGCUCCUUGUCGAAUCAUUAAAGAAAUGGAUAAAAGAGACGACAGAACGAAUUCCAGCAGCACAGCCCUCUCUGAAUACAGAGGAGUUAAAGAAACCUUUGGAAGAUACAUUGAAUUUAAAAGAUGAAUGGACAUUAAAGGCACCUGAACUGCAGAAAAUGAAUAGCAGAGGAACUUUGCUGUGUAACUUAAUCACUGCUGUGACUUCUCCUGCAAAACUUAGAGCAGUUGCCAAAUCAGGUGGCACAAUUUUAAAUGGUGAAGGAGGAGCUCCAGGAACUCAGGAUUUCUUGAAAAAUAAAGAACUGACAACUGUUCAACAAGCUAUGUCUAAUGUAAAUCACGGCUAUGAAGAUUUGGGAGUUUUAUUGAAUGAAAAGAUUUCAGAGCUAGAAAGUAUGCUUUCAAAAAUGCAAAAUAUUCAGGAAGAAUCGACCUCAAUGAUGCACUGGUUGCAAAAAAUGGACAAAACUGCAUCAGACUGGGAAGCUGCUCCAACAGAUAGUGAAGCAGUUAAAGCCCAAGUUGAGCAACAUAAGCUUUUUGAAACUGAAUUAAAGCAAAGUGCAAAUAAAGUGCAGGAACUGAAGGACAAAGUUACAGAGCUGUUGGAGAAGAACCCUAACUCUCCUGAGGCACCUAAGUGGAGACAAACAUUGGAUAAAAUAGAUUCCAAAUGGAAAGAACUCAAUCAAGUUACAUCUGAGAGACAACAAAAACUGGAGGAGUCUUCAAAUUACCUGAUCCAGUUCCAGACAGCAGAAGCUCAGCUAAAGCACUGGCUUGUAGAAAAGGAGCUAAUGGUCAGUGUGCUGGGACCAUUAUCAAUUGAUCCUAAUAUGCUGAAUACACAAAAGCAACAGGUUCAGAUUCUGCUGAAAGAGUUUGACACCAGAAAGCCACAAUAUGAGCAGUUAACUAUGGCUGGGCAGGGGAUUCUGGAGAGACCUGGUGAACAUCCACCCUCACAUGAAAUUGUAAAAGAGCAACUGGCUGCUGUGGCACAAAAGUGGGACAGUCUAACCAGCCAGCUGAAGAAGAGAUGUGACCGAAUUGACCAAGCCAUUGUGAAAAGCACAGAGUAUCAAAGUUUACUCAGGAGUCUCUCUGAUAAACUAAGUGCCUUGGAUAGUAAACUCAGCAGCAGCCUGGCUGUGAGUACACAACCUGAUGCAGUGAAACAACAGCUGGAAAUUGCUAAAGAAAUGAAGGAGCAAAUAGAACUGGAAAUGAAGAAUAUAAGUGCAGCACAAGCUCUUUGUGAAGAGCUGUCAGCACUGGUUGGGGAAGAGUAUUUGAAAGCAGAACUUACAAGACAGUUAGACGGCAUCUUAAAAUCAUUUAAGGAUAUCGAGCAAAAAUCAGAUAACCAUGUCCAGCAGCUUCAGUCAGCGUACGCCACUUCUCAUCAGUUCCAGCAGAUGUCUAAGGACUUUGAGGCCUGGCUAAGCAAAAAGAAAGAAGAGCUGAACCAGGCUCGUCCUGUGUCAGCCAAACUUGAUGCCUUGCAAUCACUAAUUGAAGAACAGAAAGAUUUUAAGAAGACAAUGACCGAUCAGAUUAGUUCCUAUGAAAGAAUUGUUGCAGAAGGAGAAAGUAUCUUACAGAAGACUCAAGGAGAUGACAGAGCAGAGUUACAAUCCCAAAUUGCCACACUCAAGAGUAAGUGGGAUGAAAUGAAUAAACAGGUGAAAGAAAGGGAAGAUAAAUUAGCAGAUUGUCUGGAGAAAGCCCUCAAAUAUAAGCAGCAUGUAGAAAAUCUGCAGCCAUGGAUAGAGAAGUGCCAAAGGAACCUGUAUGAAUUGAAAGUUGGCAUAAACCCUGUUGAAAUAGAGGAUUCUAUUGUUCAGGUGCGGGCAUGGCAGAAGGACCUAGAUAAACACCAUGGGAUGGUGGAACUAUUAAAUAAUUCUGCUGAAAGUUUGCUCAAUGCAAGUCAAACAGAUAAAGAAAUUAUUCAAGAAGAAACUAAGGUGCUGAAUCAGAAUGUGAAAGUGGUUACAGAACAGUUACAGAAGAAGAGAGAAUGCUUGGAAAAUAUGGCACAAAGAGUGAAAGAGUUUCAGGACUCAUCCAGGGAAACUGAAAGACAGCUUAAAAGUGCCAAAGAGCAUCUGGAAGCUCAUGACUCGCUUGGACCUCAGUCAUUCAGUAACAAACAUCUGACAAUGAUGCAGGCCCAACAGAAAGCCUUGCAAGCUUUAAAGCCUCAUGUUGAUUUAGCAAAAAAGCUUGCCCAAGACCUGGUGGUAGAAGCUUCUGAUUCAGCAGGUGUUUCUGACCUCUUACUUCAAGCUGAAUCUUUGGAGCAGGAAUACGCUGCAGUGAAGCAGCAAGUUGAGGAUAGGUGCUCAUUCCUGGAGACCAAACUCCAGGGAAUUGGCCAUUUCCAAAACAGCAUCCGAGAGAUGUUCUCUCAGUUUGCAGAGUUUGAUGAUGAACUUGAUAGCAUGGCUCCGGUGGGGAGAGAUCUCAAGGUACUGCAAUCACAGAAAGAGGACAUAAAAUGUUUCAUGAAAAAACUGGAGGAUCUUAUAAUGAAUAAUGAAAAUGCUAAUAAAAAUUGUAAAAUUAUGCUGGCCACAGAAGCUGAAGCUUCUCCUGAUCUUGUUGGUAUAAAGAGAGACUUGGAAGCUCUAAAUAAACAGUGCAAUAAGCUACUAGACAGAGCAAAAGCCAGGGAAGAUCAAGUGGAUGGUACUAUUUGCCGUGUUGAGGAGUUUUACACUAAGCUAAAAGAAUUUUCCACUCUGCUUGGGAGAGCUGAAGAACAUGAAGAGUCACAAGGUCCUGUUGGAAUGGAAACAGAGGCUAUUAAUCAGCAGCUGAAUACAUUCAAGGUAUUCCAGAAAGAAGAAAUUGAACCCUUACAAGUAAAACAACAGGAAGUAAAUUGGUUGGGUCAGGGCCUUAUUCAGAGUGCUGCUAAAAGUACCAACACAGAAAACCUUGAACGUGACCUUGAAGAUGUCAACACCCGAUGGAAGACUCUUAAUAAGAAGGUUGCCCAGCGUGCUGCCCAAUUGCAGGAAGCUCUCCUCCACUGUGGGAGAUUUCAGGAUGCCCUUGAAUCUCUGCUUAGCUGGCUCAUUGAUACAGAAGAUCUUGUGGCUAAUCAGAAACCACCAUCUGCUGAAUUCAAAGUUGUCAAGGCUCAAAUACAAGAACAGAAGCUUCUGCAGAGGCUGCUGGAUGACCGCAAGCCGACUGUUGAGGCAAUCAAGCGCGAAGGGGAGAAAAUUGCGGAGUCAGCAGAGCCUGCUGAUAGAGUGAAAAUCUUGAAACAGUUGAGUUUCCUGGACAGUCGAUGGGAUGCCUUGCUCAGUAAAGCUGAAACAAGGAACCGUCAGCUGGAAGGCAUCUCGGUGGUAGCGCAGCAGUUCCAUGAAGCUCUGGAGCCACUGGUGGAGUGGCUGACAACCACAGAGAAGAGGCUUGCAAAUGCAGAACCCAUUGGAACACAGGCCUCCAAACUGCAGCAGCAGAUUUCUCAGCAUAAAGCCCUAGAAGAUGAUGUCCUAGCUCACAAUAAGAGUUUACAUCAGGCCAUUAGUGCUGGUCAGUCUCUAAAGACUAUGAGCUCCAGGGAAGAUAAAGAUAUGGUGCAGGAAAAGCUAGAUUCUGCUCAGGCACGAUACAUUGAAAUUCAAGAGAAGAGCAACAGCAGAUCUGAACUUCUCCGGCAAGCUUUCAGCAAUGCUCAGAUUUUUGGGGAGGAUGAAGUUGAAUUGAUGAACUGGCUGAAUGAAAUCCAUGAUAAACUGAACAAAUUGUCAGUCCAAGAUUGCAACAGAGAAUUUCUUGAGAAACAGCACUCUGAAUUACUGGAUCUUCAGGAAGAGAUUCUUCUUAGAAAACAAAAUGUUGAUUUGGCUAUACAAAAUGGGUUAGAGCUUCUCAAGCAAACAACAGGUGAUGAAGUUGUAAUUGUUCAAGAUAAACUGGAAGGCAUUAAAGCGAGAUACAACGAUAUUACAAAAUUAAGUUCUGAUGUAUCCAAGACUUUAGAGCAGGCUCUGAAGCUUGCAGGCCAACUGCACUCAACUCAUGAGGAACUCUGCAAAUGGCUUGAUGAAGUAGAGAUGGAGUUACUCUCAUAUGAAACUCAAAUACCAAAGGGUGAAGAAUUAAGCCAAGUACAAGAAAGACAAAAAGAGCUGAAGAAAGAAGCAAAGAACAACAAAGGCUUAGUGGACACUCUGAAUGAAGUUGGCAGUGCCUUCCUGGAGCUGGUGCCAUGGAGGGCCAGAGAGGGGCUGGACAAGAUGAUAACGGAGGAUAAUGAACGUUACAGAUUAGUGAGUGACACGAUCUCUCAGAAGGUGGAUGAGAUCGAUGCUGCCUUCCUGAGAUCCCAGCAGUUUGAUCAAGCAGCUGAUGCUGAAUUUGCCUGGAUUGCAGAAACAGAAAAGAAACUGAUGUCUCUGGGUGAUAUUAGGCUUGAGCAAGACCAGACCACUGCUCAGCUGCAAGUUCAAAAGGCUUUUACCAUGGAGAUUUUAAGGCACAAAGAUACUAUAGAUGAACUUGUUAAAUCUGGGGAUAAGAUUAUGAAAACAUGCACUGAAGAAGAGAAACACACGAUGAAGAAAAAAAUUGAAAGCCUCUUACAGAAAUAUGAUCAAGUCUGUCAAAUGAACUCAGAGAGAAACCUCCAGCUGGAACGGGCUCAGUCCCUAGUUAACCAGUUCUGGGAGACUUAUGAAGAGCUUUGGCCAUGGUUAACUGAAACAGAAAUGAUCAUCUCCCAGCUUCCUGCACCAGCCCUUGAAUAUGAAACUUUAAAGCAACAACAAGAAGAACACAGGCAACUGCGUGAGCUGAUUGCUGAGCACAAGCCUCAUAUAGAUAAGAUGAACAAAACUGGGCCUCAGUUGCUGGAGCUGAGCCCGGGAGAAGGCUUUUCUAUCCAAGAGAAAUAUGUGGCAGCUGACACCCUUUACAGUAAAAUUAAGGAAGAUGUCAAAAAGCGAGCACUGGCACUGGAUGAAGCCAUUUCUCAGUGUACCCAGUUUCAUGACAAGAUAGAUCCAACUCUCGAGAGUCUGAAACGCAUAGUGGAACGUCUGAGGCAGCCACCUUCGAUCUCAGCAGAGGUUGAGAAGAUAAAAGAGCAGAUCAGUGAAAAUAAGAAUGUAUCAGUGGAUCUGGAAAAACUUCAGCCAGUGUAUGAGACACUUAAACAGAGAGGGGAGGAAAUGAUUGCUCGCUCAGAAGGCGCUGAUAAGGAUAUGUCUGCUAAAGCUGUUCAAGAUAAACUAGACCAAAUGGUCCUAAUUUGGGAAGACAUCCAGACCUUAACUGAGGAAAGAGAGGCCAAACUGUUGGAUGUAAUGGAACUAGCUGAAAAGUUUUGGUGUGAUCAUAUGGCUCUUGUAGCUACUAUUAAAGAUACUCAGGACUUCAUUCGAGAGCUGGAGGGACCUGGAGUUGACCCAUCUGUAGUCAAGCAGCAGCAAGAAGCUGCAGAGGCUGCUAAAGAAGAAAUUGAUGGACUACAAGAAGAACUAGAAGCAGUUGUGAGCCUUGGCUCUGAGCUGAGAACUGCUUGUGGAGAGCCUGACAAACCUAUUGUUAACAAGAGUAUAGAUGAGCUCAAUUCUGCCUGGGAUGCAUUAAACAAAACAUGGAAAGAACGUGUAGAUAAGCUUGGGGAAGCUAUGCAGGCAGCUGUUCAAUACCAAGAUGGACUACAGGCAUUAUUUGACUGGGUAGACAUUGCUGGCAGCAAGUUAGCUUCUAUGUCCCCAGUUGGAACAGAUCUAGAGACAGUGAAGCAGCAAACAGAGGAACUUAAGCAAUUUAAAACAGAAGCUUAUCAGCAGCAGAUAGAAAUGGAAAGACUGAACCAUCAGGCAGAACUAUUGCUAAAGAAGGCAACACAAGAGAGUGACAAGCACACUGUUCAAGACCCUCUCUCAGAGCUCAGACUAUUGUGGGACAGCCUAGAAGACAAAAUUAUAAGUAGACAGCACAAGCUGGAAGGUGCCUUGUUGGCCUUGGGGCAGUUCCAGCAUGCCCUGGAUGAGUUACUGGCAUGGCUGACGCAUACAGAAGACUUGCUGAAUGAACAGAAACCUGUGGGUGGAGACCCCAAGGCUAUUGAAAUUGAACUUGCCAAACAUCAUGUGCUACAAAAUGAUGUUUUCGCUCAUCAGUCUACGGUGGAAGCUGUUAAAAAAGCAGGAAAUGACCUGAUUGAAUCAAGUGCUGUUGAAGAAGCAAGUAAUUUACGGAGCAAGCUGGAACUCCUGAAUCAGCGCUGGCAAAACUUGUUGGAAAAAACAGAGCAAAGGAAACAGCAGCUGGAUAGUGCCUUGAUCCAGGCUCAAGGUUUCCAUGGUGAAGUUGAGGAUCUGCAGCAAUGGCUGACAGACACUGAACGUCAGCUGUUGGCAUCAAAACCUGUUGGAGGCUUACCAGAAACAGCAAGAGAGCAGCUUAAUGCACAUAUGGAACUUUGUGCUGCCUUUGAGGCUAAAGAAGAGACAUACAAGUGUCUAAUGCAGAAAGGCCAGCAGAUGCUUGCAAGAUGCCCAGAGUCUGCUGAAACAAAUGUUGAGCAGGACAUAAAUAACUUAAAAGAAAAAUGGGAAUCUGUGCAAACAAAACUCAGUGAAAGAAAAACCAAACUGGAAGAAGCCCUCAAUUUAGCAAUGGAGUUCCACAACUCACUUCAAGAUUUCAUCAACUGGCUUACUCAGGCUGAGCAGACUCUAACUGCAGCUUCUCGGCCAAGUCUUAUCUUGGACACUGUCUUAUUUCAAAUUGAUGAACACAAGGUUUUUGCCACAGAAGUGAACUCUCAUCGAGAUCAGGUCAUAGAGCUGGACAAAACUGGAACCCAUUUGAAAUAUUUCAGCCAGAAACAGGACGUUGUCCUUAUUAAGAAUCUGCUGAUUAGUGUACAGAGUCGAUGGGAAAAAGUAGUCCAACGCUUAGUUGAAAGGGGAAGAGCUUUGGAUGAUGCAAGGAAAAGAGCCAAACAGUUCCAUGAAGCCUGGCAUAAACUUAUGGAAUGGCUGGAAGAAUCAGAGAAGUCUCUGGACUCAGAUCUUGAAAUUGCAAAUGACCCUGACAAAAUAAAGAUGCAGCUUGCACAGCAUAAGGAAUUCCAGAAAUCUCUUGGUGCCAAACAUUCUGUGUAUGAUACCACAAAUAGGACUGGACGUUCCUUGAAAGAGAAAACCACCUUGGCUGAUGACAAUUUGAAACUUGAUGACAUGCUGAGUGAACUAAGAGAUAAAUGGGAUACAAUUUGUGGAAAGUCAGUGGAAAGACAAAAUAAACUGGAAGAAGCCCUUCUAUUUUCUGGACAGUUUACUGAUGCUCUGCAAGCUCUCAUUGACUGGUUAUACAAAAUUGAGCCUCAACUAGCAGAAGAUCAGCCAGUACAUGGAGACAUUGAUUUAGUAAUGAACCUGAUUGACAACCACAAGGUUUUCCAGAAGGAGCUGGGAAAAAGAACAAGCAGUGUCCAGGCUCUGAAGCGCUCUGCAAGGGAGCUGAUAGAAGGCAGUCGUGAUGACUCUUCCUGGGUCAAAGUCCAAAUGCAGGAGCUAAGCACUCGCUGGGAGACAGUUUGUGCCCUGUCAGUAUCCAAGCAGACACGACUGGAACAGGCCCUUCGGCAGGCAGAAGAAUUCCACUCAGUUGUCCAUGUCCUUUUGGAGUGGCUGGCAGAGGCAGAGCAGGCUCUUCGUUUCCAUGGCAUCCUUCCAGAUGAUGAAGAGGCCUUGCGAACACUGAUAGAGCAGCACAGGGAAUUUAUGAAGAAACUGGAAGAGAAAAAGGCAGAACUGAAUAAAGCAACAGGUAUGGGAGAAGCUAUUCUGGCUAUCUGCCAUCCAGACUCCAUCACCACCAUUAAGCACUGGAUAACAAUCAUCAGAGCCAGGUUUGAAGAGGUCUUAGCAUGGGCUAAACAACAUCAACAGAGACUGGCAGGAGCUCUGGCUGGACUCAUUGCUAACCAGGAGCUGCUGGAAGCCUUGCUGUCCUGGUUGCAGUGGGCAGAGACUACACUAACUGAAAAAGACAAAGAGGUUAUCCCCCAGGAGAUCGAAGAAGUUAAAGCGCUUAUAGCUGAACAUCAGACAUUCAUGGAAGAAAUGACCAGAAAACAGCCUGAUGUGGAUAAAGUUACAAAGACCUAUAAAAGGAAAGCACUUGAACCCUCUCCAGUACAAUCUCAUAUUCCUGUCCUUGAUAAGGGGAGAGCAGGAAGAAAGCGUUCCCCAACACCAGGCAUUUAUCCAUCAGCAGCCCAGGCACAAAUUGAAACCAAGAAUCCCCGGGUAAACCUUUUAGUCAGCAAGUGGCAGCAAGUUUGGCUUCUGGCAUUGGAGAGAAGGAGAAAACUUAACGAUGCUUUGGACAGACUUGAAGAGCUGAGAGAAUUUGCCAACUUUGAUUUUGAUAUUUGGAGGAAAAAAUACAUGCGAUGGAUGAACCAUAAGAAGUCUCGUGUGAUGGACUUCUUUAGGAGGAUUGAUAAAGAUCAGGAUGGAAAGAUUACAAGACAGGAAUUCAUUGAUGGAAUUCUUUCUUCAAAGUUCCCUACAAGCCGACUUGAAAUGAGUGCUGUUGCAGACAUUUUUGAUAGAGAUGGUGAUGGAUAUAUUGACUAUUAUGAAUUUGUAGCAGCUCUUCAUCCGAACAAGGAUGCGUACAAGCCUCUCACAGAUGCUGACAAAAUUGAAGAUGAGGUUACAAGGCAGGUAGCAAAAUGUAAAUGUGCAAAACGGUUUCAAGUGGAACAGAUUGGGGAUAACAAGUACAGGUUCUUCCUGGGAAAUCAGUUUGGUGACUCUCAACAAUUGCGUCUUGUUCGUAUCCUAAGAAGUACGGUCAUGGUCCGUGUUGGAGGUGGCUGGAUGGCACUUGAUGAGUUCUUAGUGAAAAAUGAUCCUUGCCGUGUUCAUCAUCACGGGAGUAAAAUGUUACGUUCGGAAUCAAACUCUUCAAUUACCACUCAGCCUACUAUAGCUAAAGGGAGGACAAACGUGGAGCUGCGUGAAAAAUUCAUUUUGGCAGAUGGUGCCAGUCAGAGCAUGGCAGCUUUCCGACCAAGGGGCCGUAGAUCACGACCCUCUUCAAGAGGUGCUUCUCCCAACAGAUCUACUUCUCUGUCAAGUCAAGCUGGCCAAGCAGCUGCCCCACAAGCUGUUACUACAAGUACACCAAAGACACCACAUCAUUUAACACGCAACUAUGGUAAACCAUGGUUGACAAACAGCAAAACAUCAACUCCUUCUAAGCCACCAGAAUCCUCAGACUAUCAAGGGUCAUCUGCAGAGGGAACACCAAUUCAAGGAAGUAAGCUCAGACUGCCAGGGUAUCUAUCAGGGAAGGGUUUCCACUCAGGAGAAGACAGUGGCAUCCUGUCAACAGCAGCUACCAGAGUCAGAGCUCAGUUUGCAGACACCAGAAGAACUCCAAGCAGACCUGGUAGCCGAGCAGGAAGCAAGGCUGGCAGCAGGUCGAGCAGCCGCCGCGGCAGUGACGCUUCUGACUUUGACAUUUCGGAAAUCCAGUCUGUGUGCUCAGAUAUGUCAGAGACUGUUCCUGCUACAAGCAGGCCGACACCCCGAGCAGGUUCUCGGCCAGGAUCCGCCAAGCCUUCUAAAAUUCCAACCCCCCAGAGAAGGCCACUAGCCAGCAAAUCGGACAAGUCCUUGAAGAGAUAAUAUGAUUGGCUCCAUAAAGGUCUUUUCCUUUUGCAUUAAAUAUUUAAGUUCAUAAGAUGUAAAAUAUUAUGUAGAAAUUACUGUGAAAUAUCGCAAGAGGUGGAUUUUUAAUUCUGCAGAUGGCCUUAUUUGUGUAUUUGUCUUCUUAUUUUAUGUGUAUAAUUUUUGUCAGAUUCUUUUUUGUUUUGCCAUAUCCUGUGAGAAGGGGAAGAGUUCUAAUGUAAACUAACAGUUGUAUACAGUAACAUGUAGAAAGUACACUAAAAAUAAUUGCCGAAUGUACAGUGUACUGAAUGUACAGUAAGUCUGCAACCUCAAUAAAAAAGGCCUAUCACUAUGUCAUUAGUUAACAGUAAAGGAUACCUCAUGAUUUUUCUUUAAAAAAGAAAAAGAGAAUACUGAAAGCCAAAAGAUACAAUUACACAUUUUGAGCUAACUAAACAAACACUAAAUGAUGUAUGUCAAAACUACUAAGGAAUACGGACACACAUUCACAGUACCCUUAUUUAUACAGCAUCUCUCAGAGAACUCACAGAGUUAAUUAAGCACUUGCCAAUAAUAUGAUACUCCAAUACCUUGCAGCAUUUCUGUGCCAUUGCUUUCAAUGAGGCCAGACACAUUCUGGAUAUCUGAACUAUUAUUCUGUAAGAAUAUCAAUAUAAAGUGCAUUCAUGUAAAUGUGAGGUUUUCUUUUGCUUGAGUGGAUGGUAGCACUGUAUCAUUGAACUCAUUUUGUAUCAAAGCAAUUUUGCUUGCAGAAGGCUCAGAAAUAAACAUGUCCCUUAACUUUAUUUCUAUUGUAUUUCUUAUUUCACAGGAAGGUAAUUUUCUGUGUUAUGUUUUAGAGCAUAUGCCAUUUCAGAUGACCAAUAAUUACCAUAGGAACACAGGCUUUAAUGUUAUUUACCAUUAUCAGCUGAUUUUGGUUAGCUACUGUAUUUGUUUAAUAAAACACUAAAUUGCACAUA